AUGGCCACUUUGCCUCUCAAACUGGCCAGCUGUGAGGAGUCCAUCAGUACCUUAGGUCUGAUCCUUGGAGUGGGGCUGUCACUACUGGUAGUGUCCAUACUUGGUUACAGUCUGGCCAAGUGGUAUCAACACGGAUACUGCUGGGAGGGGCCCAACUUUGUGUUUAACCUAUACCAGAUCCGCAACCUGAAAUCUGGAGAGCUGGAGCUGGGUCCUCCCUUCACCAUCAGUGGCCACCUCAGCAACACAGAAGGUGGCUAUAAGCAGUUCUAUGACAGGCCAGUCUGA